AUGCGAUGCGCGAGCAAGGCCGCCGAGAGCGCGUCUGCACGUCUCUGUGCGGACGCCGAAGCAGAAACUACAGCAACUGAUGUCCCAUCGGUUGCUGAAUCGGCUCAGCCUGUAUCACCUGGUGAUGCAGGCGCUGGUCAUGAAGACACUCGUGUCUUCACAGAGUACGAGCUCGGUGUCUCGUACUCUCCUGAUACGGAUGACGGAUCCGUAUCGACGGCAAUUGAAUCCAAGCCGCCUGCCAAGCGUGGCAUGGACGAUGCUUUGCGUCGCAGCAUCUUUGGUUCAUCUGAUGAGUCAGAUGAACCAUCGCCGAAGCGAAGGCGCUCGAGGUCGCGAGACUCGGGCGCUAAUAGUGGUGUCGUUUCUCCAAUGGACACCACUUCACAGCGAGGUGCCAGUACUUCUGUCGGCACGUCGCAGGAAGAGCGGGACCGCAAUGUGUUGCGUCUCGCUCCAGAAAAGAAGGCAUGGAUGCCUCCUAAAUCUGUCAUGGAUCACUUGUCGGCGACGACGAGUGAUCGUUAUCGAACACGAUUGUUCGAUUCGUCGAGGAUUCAUCACCUUGACCCCAGCGCGAAGGACUAUCGCGCUGAACAUGAGUUCUUCAUCGAUGCUUUCUUCAGACAUCGAUGGUACAGUGGGAAUCACAAACGUGAUGGUCCCUCACUACUUCAGGCGUGGAACGCCUACAUCCAUAAUCUCGAGGAUGUAGGUCGUGACGCUUGGAACGACAAACUUAUCAAAGCUCGUGAUAAGUUUGAAAAGCGAACCCCGACAGGUGCACGCUACAAGCUGCAUCGUCUGUCAAGGGAGAAAUGA